AUGGAUUCUCUACGCGGCUGGGCCAUUCUGGCAGUAGCCAACGGCCAAGGCGUCCUCCUCAGCGCCCAAGGAACGAAAGGCACACCAGCCAGCCCAGGCCUCCAAGUUGACCCCACCCAAACCGACGCAAACAUCAUCAAUGAGGCCGAGAUCAACGCCAAUGUCGUCAACGAGUGCGGACGGACUCUGCUCGCAGGCAACAUCGACAUCGGCCAGAACACCGAAGACCAGUUGGCGAACAAUACCGUCACCUCUGUCACAAAGGGCAGCACAGUCGCUGUGACGAUUCGUCAAGGAAGUGCUGAUGGCGCGGGACCGUAUACCUGUGAUAUGGACCUGACGAGCAAUGCGGAUGGUGUCUCGGGACAAACAAAGCUCACUGUGAAAGAGACGGACUCGGCAGAUGGGAACAUCACUCUUGCCGUCAAGAUGCCUUCGAACAUGGCUUGCGUUGGAGCCUCAACCGGAAACGUCUGCACAGUUCGCUGCUUUAACAGCGCUGCAGCUGGCCCUUUCGGUGGCUGCUUCGCCGUCCAGCAAACAGAUGUGACCCCGAAUGCCAACUCACCGGCAACCAUUAAGACAGAGCAGUCCCUUGAGGGAGUCGCGGCCCAGAUCGCUGUAAAUCAGGUUGAUCUGCCAGCUGCGGUGAAGGCGAACCAGGACGCUUCUACGGAGGCGGAACAGGGACUUCUUGAGGCAAAUGCUCUGCUGGCUAUUAACAACCUAGGGCAAGCAACUGGAGUUGCUGCGGUGGCUGCCACUACUGCAACGACCAGUGCGAAGAGUACGGCAACUGCGAAGGCUAAGGCUGGGAAGAAGGGACAGAAAGGAGCAAGGGCGUUUGUUGCUUGAUUUGAGCAUAGAUUGAUUGAGAAUAGGGUUUAAUUACCCAGAAUAAACUUGCUUGAUGAGCUCGACCUUAAAUAUUUAGCAAUACCAGAAAUAUCCAAG